CCGCCGCUCUCAGUCCUCCGGGCGGCCGGUGGCGGAAGAGGCUGAGAGCAGUAGGCACCCAGUGAGCUGCUGUUCCCAAAUCUGGAAGAUUUGCCACGUAUGCAGGAUGAGCGUGGAGGACUGGUAGACGGGGAAACAUGCAGAAAACGCCAAUCAUUCUGGCCAAGCCUCCUGCGGAGAGGGGCAGUAAGGCAGUGCCCACCCCUCCUCUGCCUGCUGCCAAUGCCAGCGAGAAGCCCAUCGUGUUGAUGAAGGCGAGGGAAGACGGCAAGCCCACUGCGACGGGAGACGGUACCUCGCAGGUUCCAGCUUCUUCAGGAAAGGCCGAGAGGGAGUACCAGCGUCCGACCCAACCCGUCUACCAGAUCCAGAACCGGGGCAUGGCCCAGUCUGCGCCGAGCACCAACGUCGACCCUGUGAUCGGCCAGGCCAAGCUGCACCCUCCCGAGAGGAUGAAACACUCCAUCAAACUGGUCGACGACCAGCUGAACUGGUGCGACAGUGCCAUGGAGUUCUUGCUGGACCAGACGGACGUGCUGGUGAUCGGAAUCAUCGGGCUACAAGGAACAGGCAAAUCCACCAUCAUGUCGCUGCUCUCUGCCAACAACCCAGAGGAAGACCAGAGGUCGUAUGUGUUCCGAGCCCAGACCCAGGAGAUUAAGGAACGCGGUGGGAACCAGACAAACGGUAUCGACUUCUUCAUUACCCAGGAACGCAUCAUAUUCCUGGACACUCAGCCUAUUUUGAGUCCCGCCGUACUCGAUCACCUGAUCAAUAACGAUCGUAAGCUCCCGCCGGAGUACAGUCUGCCACACACCUACGUGGAGAUGCAGUCUCUGCAGAUGACCGCCUUCCUGUUCACCGUGUGCCAUGCAGUGCUCCUGGUCCAGGACUGGUUCACCGACCUCAACCUGUACAGGUUCCUGCAGACAGCGGAGAUGCUGAAACCAUCCACUCCCUCACCAAGUCACGAGUCGAGCGGGGGCCCGGGUUCGGACGAAGGGUCGGAAUAUUACCCACACGUCAUUUUCGUGCAGAAUAAAGCCAGGCGGGACGACUUCUGCCCACGCAACCUCAAGAAGAUGCACACGGUCAUCGACAAACUGAUGCUGCACUCCCACCUCAAGUAUAAAGGUACACUCUCCAUGUUGGACUGCAACAUCUUUCCUGGGCUGAGCAAUGACUUCCUGGAGUCAGAGGUCAAUUUGUUUCUCCUCCCGGUGAUGGAGAGUGAGGUGGAGGAGAACCUGGUCAGAGCUGGGACCGGAGGGAUAUCUCUGUUCUCACUGCUUCCGGGUUACAAAGGUCACCCCAGCUUCCACUCUCUGGUGGGCAAACUGAGGAGCCAGAUCCUGUCCAUGUGCCGGCCUCAGCUCUCACACACCAUCCUCACCGAGAAAAACUGGUUCCACUACGCCGCCCGGAUCUGGGAUGGGGUGAAGAAAUCCUCAGCUCUCUCCGAGUACAGUCGUCUGUUGUCCUGAGGUGGGAGGGGGGUGAUGUGGAUGCGGUGAAGACCCCCACCCCAUUCCGUGUGGAAGACCCUGAGGAAGAACCAACUCUGGCCUUCGGGAGAAGGAUAGGAGAGCAGCAUGCACGGAGUGAUCCGACUCCCUCGGUUCCCGGAUCUUGGCAUUCCCUUCUCCAGGAACGCGUUCCCGUCAGUUCUUGCUCCCCUCACCCCUGCCUCUUCCCUCCCCCGUCCCCCCCCCACCCCCAGGACUGCGCAGCGUUGAGGGAACUGGGAGGCAGAAUCCCACACGGCCCUUUCGGGCGGGAUAGCUCCCAUUUUGGGGCGUGUUUCUGAGGCUGAGGGAAGGGGAUGGAUCGAUGGAAUGAUGUUCGGGAGUUGAGGGGUUCGGGAGUGACACCAGCAAGUCACGGGAGCUUGGGUGGAGUGACAGCUCCAUGUCAGUCUUGGACCGGGAUCACUCCAUCCUGUCGCAGUGAGCAGCGCACGUGGGAGGGGGUGCAAGAGCACCAACGUCCGUGCUCUCCAUUUAACCCCCUUCCAAACAUCCCCACCCCUCCCUACACACACACACACCACUCGAGCACCUUUGGAACGUGGUGUUCCUGAGAUGGCUCACUCACUGCGGGCCAGGAGGAGUGAGGAAGGUUUUGGGAAGGAAUAUCCUCUUGAGGCCGUUCAGCCCCCUCCUAGCCCCCCUGGCUCAUCCAUCAUUCAUUUGCUCCAAAACCCUUAACCCGUUGGUCAGUAUCUCCCCCCUUUUCUUGCAAUUUUCCUGAAAUUCCCCUUGACUCAGGAUUGGGGGGGGGGGGCAGGGAGCGAAUUCUCAAUUUUCCUCUUUCUGAUGUGUUCCCCCCCCUCAACUGGGAAUGGGAAGACCUGGAACUUGGUGUGGACUCUCCCAACGGACACAGAGCCAAUGGGGAGACGGAAGUGACCCGUUGAAUGGUUUUAGACUUGGGAGGAAGGGAACGAGGGGAGAGACAGUGAGCUCCGAGACAGAGCAACGAUCCCGUGACACUGUCACCACCCCCUGCCAGAGUGUGGUCAGCUGUGUGUGUUAGAGCAGCCUCCCCUCCCCUCCCCCCUAGGGCAACGAUGCGUGGGCACACUCCCCGUCGGUGUUCACUCUCUGGGUCACACCACACCAGUCGGUGUGAUUUGUUUCCGAGUGUGGUGAAGGGUCACUUGUUCUCCCACUCUCUGCUGACUCGAUCUAUUAAAGUUAACGUUUCUGUUUGUGGUUCGAA